AGGAAAAUAAUAAGCAUGUUAAUGAUACUGAAAAUACAUUGAAACGACAAAAAACAAACAAAAAGGGUGGUCCUAAAAGAGAUGAAGUAUGGGAAUAUUUUAUCGUAGACGAUGAAAAAAAUGACAGACACUAUCCUGCUACUUAUUAUCAUUGUGAAAAGAAAUGGCAAAAGGGUAAACUGAGAACUUUAAAAGCUCACCUUUCUAAUGAAUGCUUGCAAUGUCCUGAAAACAUUAGCAAAUUUUGGCGAGAUAAACUUUCUACUGAAUUAACAAAUUAUACCCGUAAACAAAAAACCAUAAUUCAACUACCAUUAAAACAAUAUCAAAUAACUCAACACUUUAGCUCAGAUAAACCUUUACCACUAGCUAUAACUGAGCGAAUUGACCGAUCAUUACUGAAAGCAUGG